GAAGACGACGGUGAUUUGUUUCACGCCGCUGUGACUUGCCCCGAUAGCGAUGAUGAGCCUCGCACCAGACCAUACGAGACUCAGCCUUCCGGACCACCAACAAUCAUAACUGUCGAGCCUGCCCCUCUACCCCUGCAGCAAUUCUCUGCUGAAUUUCAACAGAGCCAAAAGCCCCCCGGUCUGACUAUUCGUAUCAUCUCGGUCCCGGCCGUUUCUGGGGCGCAAGAUGGUUCUCGAUCCUGUAACUGCGCUGGGCGUCGCGGGGAACGUCCUCCAAUUUGUCGACUUUGGUUCUCGAGUUCUGAGCACGUUCCGUGACAUCAAAGCCAAUGGCGGCCUCCCCAAAAUCGAGACACUCGAUGCCUUCACCAGGGCCUCGUUGGAUCUGACUUUGAGAUUGCAGCAAUGUCCGCCCAGCACCAGCAGGAAGAAUGCGGCCAGCUGGGAGGUUGGUAUUCUGAAAGCGAAUGAACGAUGUCAACGAGCUGCCAAGAUCUUGGUGAAUGCGCUCGAAAAGAUGAGGAGACUACAUGGCGAGCGUUUCGGGGCAAUCCGUCAGGCUUUCUCGUCGGUGGUCAAGGAGAAGGAAAUCAGUGUCCUCGCAAGAGAUCUUGACACGGCCAAAACCGAGCUCACUCUGCAUCUUGUAGCGUACUUAAGCGCCCAACACGAUAGUGAUCUCGAGGAGCUGCUCCGCGCAAGUAAAUCCGCCGAAACGGCUUUUUUAAAGGCAGUACGGAAAGACUACGAAGAUCUCGGCGGCCAAAUCGGCCGGCUGAAAGCAGUCGUGCGAGAAGAAAACUCCGCCACUCAAAAGGCCAUAAGUGACUGGCAGUCGACUUCCGGCACCGAGCUGGCCAGAAAAUUGGCGAAAAUUGCUGAAAACACGAGACGACAGGUUACCGACGAAGCUCAGAUGAGGAUGCUGGUCGGCUUGUACUUUGUGCAGUGGGGAGACAGGGAGGCCAUGAUAUCCAAAGCCCAUAAAUCGACCUUCUCAUGGAUAUUCGGUGACAAGUUUACCUCUUCAUUAAAGGGCGCGACAUUCACAGAUUGGCUGGAAAAUGACCAACCCAAACAGGGCCUCUUCUAUAUACGGGGCAAACCAGGAGCCGGGAAAUCAUGUCUUAUGCGAUAUUUGACAACACAUCCCCAAUUGACAGCCUCCUUGCAGGGAUGGGCUGGUUCGAGGAAACUGCUUUUGGCGAGCUGCUUCUUCUGGAGGGCAGGGACUUCACUCCAGAAAUCUUUGACGGGCAUGCUCCGAUCCCUUUUAUACCAGCUUCUCAAACAGGAACACUCGCUCAUGCAGAUUGCACAUCCAGAGCGCUGGCAUGCCUACUACUACGGGCAAUCGGAUCUGGACGACUGGUCGGAACAAGAACUCACCGCUUCCAUUGCCCGUCUUUUCAGUCUGGCCUCCGACUCCUUCCGGUUUGUGAUCUUGGUCGAUGGCUUGGACGAAUACGAGGGUACGGAGGCACAGCGGCAGAAUCUGGUCAACUUUUUUGUCCGCAUCGCUUCCGAGCACGACAACGUGAAGAUAUGCGUCUCGAGUCGGCCGUGGCCGGUUUUCCAGGAAGGGCUGAAAAAGUUCUCGAGCCUGAAUCUGGAGGAUUUGACCAGAAGGGAUGUUGCCACCUACGUGCGAGAUCAUUUUGAGGAGGACGUGCACUUUCGAGAGCUACGUGCCGUCAAGCCUACGCAAUGCGACAAUCUCCAAUCGCAGAUUGUGGACAAGGCGCAGGGCGUUUUCCUCUGGGUGAUUCUCGUUGUCCGAGAUCUGCUACAGCGUCUGCAAAACGGGGCGACAAUCACAAACCUUUUCAAAAGACUUGACAUGCUCCCCGCCGAAUUGGACGAUUUCUUUAUGCAAAUCAUCGAGUCGAUAGAUGCAUCGGAGCGCGCCGACGCGGGAAAGAUAUUUCAGAUCGUGACCGCGCUGCCGAAGACGCACAGGACAGUGCUGACCUUGGCGUUUACCGAGGAAGAGCACAUCGACUUUGCGUUGCAUCUCGAAGCAGAGGACUUGACGGAGCAGGCGAUUCAUCAGCUCAUAUCCUCCGCAAAGCGGCGGCUGAACAGCAGAUGCAAGGGCCUCCUCGAAAUGGGGGCGGAGAUCAAGAGAGCAGGCUGGGUUGACUGGCAAGUCGAAUUUCUACAUCGGACGGUCUACGACUUCUUCUGCCAGAGCCAACUUGUGCGAGCCCGGCUCAACACAUACACCAGCGGCAGCGUAGACGUUUCGCGGUACAUGUGCAAUGCGUCGCUGGUGGAAUUUCUUGCUUUGGCCGACACGGACCACCUCCCUGCGAUGCAUACCGAGGCCGGAGAGGACGGCAUUGCCACUGCCGUAACCUUCCUCCAAUAUGCCUCGCAGAAUGACUGCACAUCGGGCUCGGCGCCACUCAGCCUACUGUCUGUCUUCCGACAACGGAUAAUUGAGAAAUGGGACCCUUGGGGUCUGCGUGAUUGCGCGAGGGUGGUCAUGUUCAACAAAAAAUUCAGUCAAUGGCGUUCGGUCCAUCCGUUCACGCACUGGCAAGGAGACCGAGGGUCCUUCUUGGGGUUGGCCGUCCAGUUCAGUUUGACUCGCUUUCUCCGCUCCCAGCUGGACGCCAGCGUCGUGGAACUCGGAAAUGGUUGGAACCUGGACAGGCUGCUCGAUCUCGCGCUAGAGCCCGUCCUGCUCUUUUCGCAGGAAAGGGCCAAACCUUCUCCUGAAGUUGUGGCGCUCUUGCUCCAACGCGCCCAGAGGCCUCUGACGGAUUCGUACGGCCGGAAGUCUCAGACCAGCUUCGAAGACAAGGCGGCGAAGGUGACCAGCCUCUUGGCUCGGUACAACAAGCAGUUUCCCGACGAGAAGAUGGACGUGGCCUGGGCAGAUGUCCUGGCGUUGCUCAUUGAUCACGGCCUGUUCCGUCGUGUCGUGCCGCCGACGGUCGUUGUUGGCAGACAAGUAGGACAGAUCACCAAGGCGUCCGCGGCGGAAUUUCUCGGAACGGAAGGCAGAGAGUGCCUGAGGGCCAAUUUUGAGCCUGUGCAGGUGGAGAGGCUGGAAGAUCUCAUCUUCCGGAAAGAAUACGAGUUUGUCGACACCGGAGACAUCCCACAGAAAUAGAUCAAGAUCAAAUAUAAUAUG